GGAUUUGCUGGGGACACCAGCCAGAGAGACAGGACCAUGUGGCUGUCCCCAGUUCUGCUCCUUCUCUGCCUCUCAGGCUCUUUGUCCCUGACGGGCCCCAGCUCUGUGACGGGCACCUUGGGUGGCUCUCUGAGUGUGCAGUGUCAGUAUGAGGAGGUAUACCAGAGGUAUAACAAAUACUGGUGCCGAGGACUGUAUGACGCAACAUGUGAGAAGAUUGUGGAGACCAAGGGAGAAGAGAAGGAAGAGAGGAAUGGGCGUGUGUCCAUCAGAGACCACGCUGAUCACCUCACCUUUAUAGUGACCAUGGAGAACCUCACUGCAGACGAUGCUGGAUCCUACUGGUGUAGAAUUCAGACACUAUGGGUCCUGGAUGUGUGGUCACGUGACCCUUCAUUCCACGUUAACGUGUUUGUUUCCACAGGCUCUUUGUCCCUGACGGGCCCCAGCUCUGUGACAGGAACCUUGGGUGGCUCUCUGUGUGUGCAGUGUCGGUACGAGGAGGUAUACCAGAGGUAUAACAAAUAUUGGUGCCGAGGACAGUAUGACACAACAUGUGAGAAGAUUGUGGAGACCAAGGGAGAAGAGAAAGAAGAGAGGAGUGGGCGUGUGUCCAUCAGAGACCACACUGAUCACCUCACCUUUAUAGUGACCAUGGAGAACCUCACUGCAGAUGAUGCCGGAUCCUACUGGUGUAGAAUUCAGACAGUAUGGUUCCUGGAUGUAUGGUCACGUGACCCUUCAUUCCACGUAAACGUGUUUGUUUCCACAGGUGUCACCAUUCCUUGGAGGACCACAUGUCAAGCUGUACCUGCUGCCUUUCCGGGGCUGAACACCAAGCAGAACCUCAGCACGGAGGACCUGUUGACCUGCUGCUCAGGGUCCUUGCUCAGCAGUGUCCACUUCCUGCUCCUGGUCUUCUUGAAGCUUCCCCUGCUCCUGACAUUGGUCGGUGCUGUCUUCUGGACGACCCAGAACCGUGUGGCUGCAGGUGUUGGCUUGUGGAGGAGGUGUUUCCCCCCUAAAAGACGCCUGCUGCAGCAGAACGCCCCACCCCCAACCUGA